GCAUACGUUACAGGCCUUGUCUCCACACAAAAUGGGGCUUACUCUUAUCUCUUCCAAACCCAAAUUGUUUGGCGCUCUUUUCUUCACUUGGGAUUCUCUCGCUCUCUCUCUUUCCCGUGCGGCAAACACAAACACAGCCGUGGUUAUAGCUGUCGUGAGAAGCAACAUUAUCAAUUCCAGCACCUCUGCCACAAAAGAUAUUGAAGUAUGGCCAUGGCUGCAACUUCGAUCUGUUAUUCCAGUAAUGAAAGUAUCAGUGGGUCAUGCACCAAAUUGGGACUUACUAGUAACAAAAGGUUUCUGAGAAAGAAUGUGGUUCAUUUUCAUGGCAUAGUUACGUUAAGAGUUUGGUCAAGUAGGAGAACUUUGCAAGACCCCUGGGUAAUAAGAUCUUCUAAAAAUCGGCAGGGAUUGGACAUAAGAUAUUUGACUCGUCUAUCAGGCUGGAAAGCAAAGUUUUCCUCUACGCAUGGGAGUGAUCCAAGUGUACUCAAGGUGACCAAGGUGUUCAGCACUAUGGCAUCAACUGUGCUCAAUGGUCUGAAUGACUGGAAGCAAUUACAGUUUUUGAGCUUGGCCAGUGUUCUAGUUUCCGCAUUCUUGAUCAUUCCAUCAGCUGAUGCUGUUGAUGCUCUUAAAACUUGUACUUGCUUAUUGAAGGAGUGCAGAGUGGAACUUGCUAAGUGCAUCGCAAAUCCAUCUUGUGCUGCCAAUGUUGCUUGUCUCCAAACCUGCAAUGAUCGACCUGAUGAAACUGAAUGCCAGAUUAAAUGCGGGGACCUGUUUGAAAACAAAGUUGUCGAUGAAUUCAAUGAGUGUGCUGUCUCCCGAAAGAAGUGUGUGCCUAUGAAAUCUGAUUUGGGGGAAUUCCCUGCCCCUGAUCCUGCUGUUCUUGUUAAGAGCUUUAAUAUUGCAGAUUUCAGUGGGAAAUGGUUUAUCACUAGUGGCUUAAACCCCACCUUUGAUACUUUUGACUGCCAGUUGCAUGAAUUCCACACAGAGUCCAACAAACUUGUGGGAAAUAUAUCAUGGAGAAUACGAACUCCAGAUGGUGGCUUUUUCGCACGAUCAACUGUGCAAAAAUUUGUGCAAGAUCCUAUGCAGCCUGGGAUACUCUACAACCACGAUAAUGAGUAUCUUCAUUAUGAAGAUGACUGGUAUAUUAUCUCAUCAAAGUUAGAGAACAAACAAGAUGACUACAUAUUUGUGUACUACCGAGGCAGGAAUGAUGCAUGGGAUGGAUAUGGUGGUGCUGUCGUGUACACGAGAAGUGCAGUUUUGCCUGAAAGCAUUAUACCUGAACUUGAAAAGGCAAGUAAAAACAUAGGACGUGAUUUUAACAAGUUCAUAAGAACAGAUAAUACGUGUGGUCCUGAGCCUCCCCUCAUAGAAAGACUGGAGAAGACGGUAGAGGAAGGGGAGAAGACCAUUGUAAGAGAAGUUGAACAAAUAGAAGAGGAGGUGGAGAAGACUGAGAUGAACUUGUUUCAGAGGUUGGUAGAAUGGUUCAAGGAACUCAGACAAGAUGAGGAAUAUUUCUUGAAAGAGCUAAGUAAAGAAGAAAUGGAAGUAUUGAGUGAGCUAAAAAUGGAAGCGACUGAGGUGGAAAAGCUUUUUGGACGAGCACUGCCGAUCAGGAAGUUGAGAUAGAGUCAGUUGAUAUAAAUAAGCUGUCACACCUUAAUUUUUUGUAAUUCAUUACUGGAACCCUUUUGGGAGAUGUUUACAGCUGAUAAAUGAAAUCCAGUCUCAUUGUUAUUUUGUGUCA